AUGGCCGAUUCUCAACAGCCCGUUACCGUCGCCGAGCCUGUGGUCGCUGAGACAGCAGCAGUAGCACCUAUUGUCGAGACACCCACCAUUGUCGAGCCCACUCCGGCUGCCACUGAGACUACAGCUGCAACAACUGAGCCUGCCACGACCACUGAGACCACAGCUGUUGAGGAACCAAAGGUCGAGGAAACCAAGCCCGUCGAGCCAAUCAGCUCUGGUGUCCUCGGAUACAAAGCCCCAGGUCUAGUCAAGUCCCUCAUCUUCUCAAAGAAGUACUUCUGGGUUGGUGACGAAGCAGUUCCAACCACCAGCUUGACCAGUUACCUUCGUGGCGAGAAGCCUGAAGUCGCACACCCAACUGCAGCAUGGUCCUCACAAACUGGCAAAGGACUGCUGUACUUUGUCAAGCAUGCCGAUGACAAAAAGGCUCCUGCUGGUGUACUCAACCUGUCGGAGGCUACAGACUUCCAGAAGGACGGUGCAGUUGAAUUGUCACUCAAGCUACACGGCCAUAAGCACUCCUUUCAGUCGAAGACGUCGGCCGAACGUGACGGCUGGUUCAUGACCCUCGAGAAAGCCAUCGAAGAAGCCAAGGCUGCUGCUGAGGGCAUUAAAUCAAGCGAGGGCUACAAAGAGACGCACGAAAAACUUGCUAAGCCAGUCGGUGCCAUCGCGGGAGCCGCCGCUGCUAAGGAUGCCACGCCUAAGAAGAGCACCGAUGUCAAACCCACUGAUGAUGCCACACGUGCUGGAUCCAGCAGCUCAUCUUCAGACGAAGAGAAGAAAAAGGAGAAGAAGACUAAGAGCAAGAGUCGCUCAGUUUCUCGCAAGCGCCAGAGUCUUUUCGGUAGCCUGAUGGGCAAGAAGGAAGAAAAGAAGGAAGAGAAGGCUGAAGAGAAGGCUGAGGAAGAAACUGCUGCCAAGCCAGCGGAAACCGAAGCUUCUGCUGUUGAUGGCACGACUGAAGCCGCACCUGCCCCCGUGGUGGAGGAAUCCAAGGCAGUCGAGCCAGCACCUGCUGCCGCCGAGCCUGCCGUUGAGACUGAGACGAAGCCAAAGCCUGUUAAGCGUGGAUCCGUCUUUGGUUCCUUCUUUGAGAAGGUUCGUAGUCCAACUUCCGAAAAGAAGGAGGCCGAAGUUGCUCCAGUUGUCCCCGCAAAGGAGGGCGAAGCUGCCGUUGCCAAAGAAGAAACGCCUGCUGUUGUCCCCGCUCCAGCUGCUGAGCCUGACGUGCCGGUACCGUCCGCCGUCGAGGCUGCUCCUGUCGAGGAGACCAAGGCCGAAGAGAAGCCUGUCACACCCGCGAAGGAGAAGAAGGCGUCUCCGUUCGGCAAGUUCUUUGGCUCAGUGAAGGACAAGUCGAAGACCGCUUCUGACAAGACCGCACCCAAGGAGGAAACUCCAAAGGUCGAUGAAGAAGCACCGAAAAUCGAAGAGGUUACUCCUGUUGCUGCCACUGAGCCUAUUGAGCCUGCCGUCGAGGCCAAAGCAGAUGAGGUGAAGGCUGAGGAGCCCAAGACCGAAGAGCCUGCUAGCGAGGCCGCUCCUGUGGAGCCCAAGGAGAAGCGCCGUUCUUCAUUCUUCGGAAACUUGACCUCAAACGUCAAGAAGGAGAAGAAGGCUGAUGGAGAGACUGCUGAGGAGGCUAAGGACGAGAAGCACCCCUCGAAACUGAGCAGCCUCUUCCGCAAUCCCAGCAAGGCUGUGAAGAGCAAGAAGGACUCCACUCCCAAGGCCGAUGAAACCACUGAAACCAAGGAAGAGAAGACUGUUGAACCCGUCGCUGAGGAGCCCAAGGCUGAGGAGACCGCUGCUCCAUCUGAGGCUCCCAAAGCCAUUGGCGACGUUGUUCCUGAUGCCGUGACUGUAGGGCAGGCCCCCACCACAACUCCCGCUGUCCAGGCCACUGCCUAA